AUGCACUGCCAAAUACGAUCGGCCGACUCGGCACAUCACUCCAAAAAUGGCAUCGUGCAAGGCGCAACAAGAUUGCAAGCAUGGCGGUGCUCCAGGUCCUCUACAUGCGGCGGCCACUCUCACACUUUGUGUUUGAAAGACCACAAGCAAGCUUUAAGCAAGUUUACACAACAUGAAAUUGACGAAAAGUGUCGCCGCCGCAACGCUGCUGGGCUCAGCCUAUGGAGCUACCUUGCAAACAACAAACGCCGCAUCGCAUUGUCGAUGCAGGCCCAACGACCCGUGUUGGCCGUCGCAAAGCCACCUGUCGCCCAUGUCUGCCACAACCCCGGCUACGACGCCGCCGCAUGCAAUGCCUCCAGGGCCCUCUCCGAGUCCUCUGUCUGGCGUGACGAGAACCCCGGUGCCGUCCAAUGGACCAAUUGGGAGGCUUGGCCGGAGCGCAACGAGACGUGCUCAUUUGAUCUUUCCAGGGACGUUCCUUGCCGACAGGGUCGUGUCUCUCUGUUUUCUGUCGUGGCCGAGACUGCUCAGCACAUCCAGGGAGCAGUGCGUUUCGCCGCUACUCACAACGUUAGACUCGCCAUCAAGAAUACUGGACACUGUUUCCUCGGCCGAUCCAGUGCGCCAGAAUCCCUGCAAAUUGCCACAUACAAGAUGAAGAAGAUGGAUUUUGUCGACGACUUUGUCCCUGAGGGUUCUCGCAACAACCAGUCAAUGGGUUCUGCCGUAACCCUUGGUGCCGGCGUUGUGCUCAUGGACAUCUACACCGAGACAGCUAAACGCAACCUGACUGCUGUUGUUGGUCUUUCGCAUACUGUUGGCGCCGCUGGUGGCUACAUUCAAGGUGGUGGCCACUCGCCGCUGGGACCAUGGAAGGGUAUGGCCUCGGACAACGCUUUGCAAUUUGAAGUUGUCACCGCUGAUGGCAAACUUCUCGUUGCAAAUGAAUACCAGAACAGAGACCUCUUUUGGGCUCUGCGAGGUGGCGGUGGCGGCACUUUUGGCGUCGUCGUCUCCGUCACUAUCCGCACGUUUCCCGACGUUCCCGCCCUGGCACUCAUGUCUGAUAUUGCCCUUCCUGGACCAGCUGAUGAUAGAUUUUGGGAUAUUCUGGCGGGUCUCCAUCAGCGUCUCCCAGCUCUUGCGGAUGCUGGAGGCAGCGGAUAUUACUUCUUCCUCCCCAACUCCGUACAAAACGGUCAAUCUACUGCCUCUAUUACGAUCGCCAUGUUCUUCGCCAACAAGACGGACCAGGCACCCAUCGCCAAGAUUGCCGAUGGAUUCAUUCAAGAUGCCCAAAAAUCGGCCCCAGGCGCCAAUUACACCCUACAGCUGGCGCCUACGCUUGGUGGUUCGAUUGCCUACGAGCUCGCCAAGACGCCAUACGACCCUACCGGUGGAAUCGCGAUUACAGGCUCACGUCUUAUCUCGCGUAACCUCCUCAGCCAGAAAGAUGGCGCCCAGCGUCUAGGCAAAGCACUGCGCGAUAUCUAUGAAGGCAGUGGCAACAGGACCGGCUACACCGGCCACUUUAUUGCCGACGGAGCGGUUGCUCAGAAUGCAGGCGAGAUCAAGUCGGCACUGAACCCCGCCUGGCGCAAGACUAUUACCCAUAUUGCCUUUGGUAGAGACUGGGCACCCAAUGCCACCCUCGCCGAACAGCGAGCUGUGCAGGAUAGGCUGACCAAUGCCGAGAUUCCCAUCCUCAAGGGCCUCGAGGAGGGUAUGGGAGCCUACCUGAACGAGGCCGAUGCGUUUGAAGCUGGAUUCCAGGAAUCGUUCUGGGGUGAGAACUACGCCAGGCUGUACCGCAUCAAGCAGCACAUUGAUCCCAAGGGCCUGUUCAUUGCGCGCCGUGGAGUUGGCAGUGAAGACUGGGACGCCGAGGGCCUCUGCCGUGUGCGCAAGCCAUCGACGAGUGACGGAACGCAGUUGCGACUAUAG